GUUUUAACAGUAGAAUGAGCAGGUGUGGUGAAAUACAAUUGUCGGAGGACGUAGCAUCGAAAGUGUUAACCCUCUGUAUUGACAGAUGCAUGAACGAGUAAGGUGUUGAUAAAUUUUAUUGAUUAGGCAGACUGAAUUUUCUCCGUUGCGUCCACCAGAGUGACGCAUUUACAUUUCGAAGAAUGAACGAUUUUAUCAUAGAAUUUAAUAAAAGACUAAAAAGAAUUUGAUUGAACCAUGAAAACGAUACAGCUUACUGGUUCUCCUAAAUUCGUGUAUCAGGAGCCAAGACGAACACCAACCUAUAUGGCAGCUAUUAUCCGUCGUCAACGAUUUAUAAUUAUUGCUAUCAUCUGCAUUGUAAUAUUAAUUAUGUAUAGUUGGCGCUUUCAGAGGACAGAAAAUUUUGUAUUAAACAGUACACCAGUUCCAUAUAUAAAGGAAACUUUUAAUGAAGAAAUUCGAAAUUUUGAUUCAAAUGAACCGCAUUUCUCUGAUGCAACAAAAAUAACUAACAAUAUAGAGGAGGAACAGACACAACUCACAAAAUUUCAAAUAUUAUCUGAGGAUGAGCAAAUCUCUCCCAUUGCUUCACCAAUGGGUGAAGUUGAUCCAACUUUAUACAAAGCAGAAGAAUUCACACAUUUUAUUCCCAUGAAAGAAUUGGAGAAAUUUACAAUGAAAGAUAUUGGAGAAAUUGAUGAUAAAUUUCUUUUCCCCAUUAUUGAUGAGGAAGCAUAUACAGAACCAUCAAAACCACACCUAGAAACAGAAUUAUUAUCCCAACCAAAGGGCAAUAUAGUGGCAGAUACAAAGUAUGUGCAUCUGGGAGACACACCUCUCACAAUCCCUCAUGAUGACAAACUAGUGUCAUUAUCUGCCAUACAGCAACCACAAGAAGGUAUUCCACCCCCAGAUAUAGAUAACGAAUGGGACAAAACAAAACUUGUGACAAUACCACAUUUAGAAACAUAUUUAUUUUCACAACCAAAGGACAAUGCAGUGGCAGAUACAAAAUACGUGUAUAUGAAAGAAACUCUUACCACAAUCCCUGAUGAUGACAAGCAAGUGUCAUCAUCUGCCAUACAACAACUAGAAGAUUUCCCACCUCCAGAUCUAGUUAACGAAUGGGCGAAAACAGAAUAUGUGACAUUUUCGAUGUCAAACAAUAUAACCGAUAUAAUAGAUAUACAUAUAAACAAACAUAUUCCGUUAAAUGAGCAAUUGUAUUCGGCGACAGUAUCAAAUACUACAAGUACUGGUGAGAAUCCUGUUCUUUUGAUAGACACUCCAGGCUGUAAGAUACCCAAACUAGACCCCUGGGAUCCAUCUGUAAGAGAUCUUAUUGAAUUUAAAGACCCAUUUGUCUGUCCUGGCCUUCCAGCAUUCUUGGAAUCAAAUCCUGCAGGUACAAUAACAAUUAACAGAUCCAUCUUGGAGAUGAAUUACAAUAUAACACCAGAAGAAUUGAUUUGUUAUUACCAACCAAUAUACAGAAUGCAUGAAGAAGAAGAAAGUGUCAGAGAAGUUUCUUACAUGUUCGGUAAUAUGGUAAAGUUAGAAUUUGGGGUUCCAAUCAAGGAAGAUUUUGUUAAUGUUUCAUGCAAUAUAAAAGGGAGUAAUUAUGAGCAACACUUAACUUUAGUGCCACUGAAGGAAUCUGUGGAAGAAGAAAGAAAUUCUUUAGUUCCUUCAAACCCCAUACUGAAUGUCAUUUUAAUCGGGAUUGAUUCAGUAUCAAAAUUAAAUUUCUUGAGGCAAUUUCCAAAAACUCAUGCAUUUCUUAGUGAAAAGUUAAGGCCUUUUGAAAUGAAUGGCUACACUAAGGUAGCAGAUAACACGUUUCCAAACAUAGUUCCAUUAUUGACCGGUCAAUUUGUUGAACAUUGGUGGAAUGAAACAUUAAUGGACACAAUGCACUUCGAUAACGUUAGUUUUAUUUGGAAAGAAUAUGCAAAGAGAGGCUAUAGAACUUUUUUUGCUGAAGAUUGUCCUCAUAUAGGUAUAUUUAAUUACUUUAAAAGGGGAUUUUACAACCCACCAACUGAUUAUUAUUAUCGUCCAAUGGCUCUAGCUUUGGAAGUGAGGAAAUUUACAGGAAGACAAAUCAAUUAUUUUUGUUUGGAUUCACAAUUAGAAUUUGAUUUUAUUUUUGACUAUUUAAAAUUAUUUGCUCAAACAAUGGGAACAAGGCCAUACUUUGGAUUUACUAUGGUUUCCGCUAUAACUCAUGACGAUCUUAAUUAUGCUGGCUGGGCUGAUGAACCAACGGUGAGUUUGUUGGAGGGGUUGUUGAGUACUGGUGCACUUAACAACACCCUUUUAGUCUUAUUUAGUGACCACGGAUUGCGUUAUGGAAAAAUUUGUCGCACGUACGUAGGUAAAUUUGAAGAGAGAUUGCCACUAAUGUAUAUUCAUGUUCCUAAAUGGUUUUUAGAUCAGCACCCAAAUAUAGCCACAAAUCUAGAAACUAAUCAGGAUCGCCUGAUGACACUAUUUGAUGUACAUGCUACAAUGUUGCAUAUGUUAGAUUUAAGCAAACGCGAAGAAGAUAGAUCUAUGGUCACACUAGGAAAAAGUCUUUUUGAAGAAAUUUCACCAUACAGAACCUGUUCAGAUGCUCAUAUAGAAUCUCAUUGGUGUCCGUGUCAAGAAUUUGAUAUUGUUGAUUUAGACAGUCCUGAAGUUAUAAGUGCAACUCAGGCAAUUGUGGACGACAUUAAUUCUAAACUGCAACCUUAUGAUGAAAAAUGUGAGAUUUUGGAAGUGGAUACAAUUACAGAUGCCAGAGUUGGCAAAGCUAACGAAAUGGUGCUAAAGUACUGGAGAACUGAUAAUGACGUUAUAAAUAAAACCAUUUGGGUAGCAGAAGGAGUUCCAUCUCUUGAUGAUUAUAUGAUAACACUCAUCACAAAACCUGGCGGUGGAGUAUUUGAAGGAACUGUUCGCCGUAAUCCAUAUGAUAAUAGUUAUAAUGUUCUAGGUACCAAUCGAAUUAGUAUGUAUGGAAAUACAUCUUGGUGUAUCGACAGUCUCAAAAUGAAACUAUAUUGUUAUUGUAAAAUACAACUGACUUAAUUUAAAUCAGUCUUUUAACAAACUGUUUAAA